AUGUAUAUGCUGUCGUGCCUCAUGGUCUCUUUUACAUCCCCGGUGAUCGCGAGGACAUGUGUGUGUGUGUGUGUGUGUGUGUGUGUGUGUGUGUGUGUGUGUGUGUGUGUGUGUGUGUGUGUGUGUGUGUGUGUGUGUGUGUGUGUGUGUGUGUGUGUGUGUGUGUGUGUAACGAUUUUUUUUAGUUCUCUCUCUCUCUCUCUCUCUCAAACUCUCUCUCUGUCUCUCUCUCGGGCCAUGACAAGGAAUGGCGUUGUCGCCGCCCACUACUCCACAGCUGGCGGCCGCUGCACUGCGCGCAACGUCCUCAUUGGCCACAGCUACGGCACCAGUCUCGUCGUCCAACUUUAUCAAAGUCUCCCGACCUCGUUUCAAUCUCAAGUCGUGGGCCUUGUCUGCUGCAACGCCGUGACCCAAGAUGCCUCAUGCUUGCUGCAGGCGAGCAUGCGGGCGCUGUCCCUCGUGCCUACCCCAGUACUUGGCCUGAUUCGCCGAUGGCAAGCGCGCAGAGGAAGUGAAUCGCAAAGCGUCGCCCGCAUGGUAGCAGCCGACGCUACAAACGAGACCAAGGUGAUGCAGCUGCAUUGGAAUACGUGGACACCCACACACGUGUUACAAGCCAUGGCGGCAGGACUGCAGGUCGUCUCGUUGGCCGACUAUGCCCGCGUGACAAUCCCCGUACUUUUGCUCGCCGGCGCUGAAGACACGGUCGUGCCUCCCGAACACACGUACAGCAUAUAUGACACCGUCCCCCGCGUGCAUGGUCCACACAUCGCGCCCAACGCUAAACACAAUCUUAUUGAAGAGGCCAGCGAGCUCGUCAACGCGCUCCUCACCACUUUUCUGAUCAAAAAGGGCAAAAUGUCCUAUCUCGAGGUGAGUGGCGAAGAAGCCGAACUUGACGAUGAAGCGCCCGACGGCAAAUGGGCUCUCAAAAACCACGCCAAGUGGAAGACCACACCACCCUCAAGCAAAGUAUUGGGUGCCAACAGCAAGCUUGGCGGCCUUAUUGUCUGCAAGACGUUCCGUCAAGACGACAAGGACCAUGGACCAAAGGCUUUUAAGACCAAGUUUACCAACGUGGGAUUGGUAAUUGAUGUGUCCCGUGAACCACCACCAUACCUCACCAAUGCUCCCGAUGUGCCACCAUACGUCAAAAUCGCGACCGUUUCCAAGCGCGAGCCCGAGGCUGAGAGUGUGGCCAAGCUACACAAAGUGCUGGACAACUUUUGGGCCAAUCCCGACAAUGCGCGCAAGGAUGUCAUCAUCCAUUGCCAUUAUGGCUUCAAUCGCUCAGGAUUUAUGGCCUGCAGCUAUCUCGUCAAGCGGCGAGGCUUUGGCGCCCGCGAAGCCCUACAUGCAUUUCGUAAAGCCCGCCCUCCUGGCAUCAAGCAUGAACAUUUUCGUGCUGAAUUUCUCCGUCGCUACGCCUCGGUCAACUCGAGCUGA